GAUGUCUGAGGAAUAAGUGCAAUUUGAGAGAAAAGAAAUUGGAAAAAUUGAGUUUUAGAGGGAGUUUAGGAGCUUUUUGACCUGUUUUGAGGGUCUAGAGGAUGGGAUAAGGUAUAUAUGUGGGCUUUAGAGGUGAAAGAUUGGGAGAUUAACAGACUAGAAGGAGUUAGAAAUUUAGAAAUGAAGUGUAAAGGUUUUUGGUAGUGAAAUAGAUUUUAGAGAUAUCUAAGGUUGCUUUGAAGCCAUUUUAAGCACAUUCCAGGGUAUUUUAGAGCAUUAUGCUUGUUAUAAUAAUUAUUGUAGAUGAUUAUAAACAGAAAAUAAACUACAAUCCAGAGAAUUCUAAGGAAAUUAGGUCUUUGAACGGAAGAGAAAGAAUAUAGAAGCAUCUAAAUUUUACACUAAGCCAAGAAUUCCUAAACUAUCUUCUUCCAUGCAGAGCAUCAGAGAAAUCCAGAGGGAAGAACGUAAAAAUUUUGUAGGCUUCAUUAGUGCAAAGCACUGUGGGCGACCACGUGCAAGUGCUUAUGACAUUCCUGAGGAAGAGAUUGAUUCAAACUAUCGCUCUCAUGCUAUUUCAGAUCUUAUCAAAAAGAUUGAUGUGAUCACAGAGUGCCACAAGUCCAGCUUCAAGUUCAAAGUUAGUAAAGUCAGCAGCAACGGAGAGUUUGAGGUUGACAAAGAAUAUGUCAGAUUUGAUCUCAUCUCGGACUGUGAUUACAAGAAUUACACCAAAGUCAAAACUGAAAAACCUGAUGCUUCCGAAGUUGGAAAUAAUGCCCUAAAGUACAAAAUGCUGAACUGUGAUUCCAAGAUGGUGAGGAGGAUGCUUGAAUUCAAUGAUUUUACUGAAAUAGAUGGUCACGACUGGAACCUUCUAUGGAUGAACAGUAGUACAGCCAAGAAAAUAUGGUCAAAACUAAACCCUUACCAGAAGAUCAACCAUUUUCCAUCAAGUUAUCAGAUCACUAGGAAGGAUAACUUGUCAAGAAACAUUAAGCGGAUGCAGGAGGAGUAUUCCUACGAAGAGUUCAACAUCAUCCCCGAGACUUACAUCCUACCUGAUGAGGCAACAACUUUGCUGAGCAAAUUUAAUGAAGGAACUUUACAAAGCCAUAGGUUAAACUAUUGGAUUGUCAAGCCAGUUGCCUCCUCUAGAGGCAGGGGCAUUUACAUCACAAGCUCUCUAAGCGAGAUUGAUCUUGACAAGAAAUUAGUUGUAAGCAAGUACAUCCCGAACCCAUUCUUGAUUAACUCGCAUAAAUUCGAUCUGAGGAUCUACGUAAUAAUCACCUCGUUCGACCCUUUGAGAAUUUAUAUGUUCAAAGAGGGUUUGGCCAGAUUUGCUGCUGAGAAGUACAACUCAAGUAAUAUAAAGAACCGGUGCUCUCACCUCACGAACUACAGUAUAAAUAAAAAGCACAAAGAUUUUGUCCAAAACGAGUCUGAAAAAAGAGACGAUUAUGGCUGAAAAUGGAGCCUCUCAGCCCUUUGUAAAACUUUAGAGAUGGCUGGGAUAGACCUCGACCUUCUCUGGUCAAGAAUCUAUGAUGCUCUGAUCAAGAUUAUUCUUAGUGCAGAAGGGAAAAUCUACGAGCAGGUCAAGAGCUGCUGCACUCAUAGCACAAACUGAUUCGAAAUUUUAGGGUUCGACGUCCUUAUCGAUUCUAACUUAAAACCAUGGAUACUUGAAGUGAAUCUCUCCCCUUCUCUCAGUAGUGAUUCUCCACUAGAUUGGAAGAUCAAAAACAGCCUGUUAGCAAGCACCUUUAACCUGAUCGGCCUAAACAGAUUUAACCGUAAGAAGGACAAGGUUGACUUCACAACCUCGAUCAGAGACUUGUAUUCCAGAGGGAGGACUUAUGCAUCGACUAAGAUACAAGUGUGAAAUAUGAAUUUCUUCAACUCAAUGCCGACAUCUAAACUUUCAUCUGAGGUAAAAUAAAUACCUUGACAUUGAUGGGAGCCUUAAAGACUAUCAAACUUUCCUAAAAUAACUACUUAAAAAUGAAGAAUAAGGACAUUGUCAAGCAGACGCUUGAAGAAGUCAACCGAAGCGGGGAAUUUAUCAGGCUGUAUCCCUCAAAGAACUCAGAUAAGUACAACAAGUACUUUUCGGCGAAGCGGAGUCAGAACAUCUUCAUAUAUAAGAUCCUGUAUACAGAAGAUGUUCUUCCUCUGGAAGCAGAGACUUACCACGAAGACUUGCCUUUGACACCUGAGAAGAAGGAAUGUAUAGCUAAGACAAACUUGGAGUCCAAGGCUUCGCCCAAGAUCAAAAUUAAUUAGACAUAUGUUAUCUUCAAAGAAUCUUAAGGCUAAAUAGGAUCUCAGAUCAGUUUAGUGCCCAUGAAUGCCCAUCUCUGAUCAACAGCCAGGGAAACCCAAUCGAAGAUUACACAAGACCAAAGACAAGCAAGUUGAUAGGGACAAAGAGUGUUUACCAGCCUGAAAUUUCCGACCUGAAAUCAGCUAAACCGAAGAAAUCCACAUCUCGGAUCAUCUCUGGCGAUGACCUGCUGAUCGAAUACUCUUCAAGAGUGGUCAAAGUUCUCAGGCUGAUCAAUGAGGAGGAUCUUGAGCUAGCCCACAAGAAUGUGGUUGAAAGAUUCAUAAAACACAAAGCAUGGGUAACCACUGAUCUAGCCCAAACCACCCCGAAUUCUCUCUAUUGGCAACGCCUUGAAACACGAAUUCUAGAAAUGAAGGACAGAAGGAAACGGUUAGCCAAGAAUAUAGCUAAAUCUGAAGGCUUGCUAGAUAAAUUCGAAGUUAAUUAUGACAAAAUCAUCCUUAAAUAAAGAAGCUAUCAUGAAGAAAUACAACACUUUCCAGCUGGAGAGCAAGGUUGGUAAGUACACAAAGAAUAUUGCACGAGAUCUUGCUGAGAUCUUUCUUCAGUUUGGCUCAAAAAGUGGCAUCCUAAAGGCCUUGGAAAACAAACGAUUUAAUUACAUGAAAGUCAAACUUCCCAAGAAAUAUGCACGUUCCAAUCUGAACUCUUCGCCUUGUACUGCUAAUAUCAGGCCAACAGUGAAGUGUUUCACUAAGGUGAAGCACAAGUCUACUCAGAAGGAAGGGCCUGAUCGGUUCUCCACUGCUGUUACAAUGAACAAUCCCUUCCACCAGCAUGGUAUUGCUAAUUUUUAGCAGUUCGAAUAUAUCCAAUAUAAUAAACACAGACCAAGUGAAGAAGGUUAAGAAGCCAAAAAUGAUCCGCAAGAAGCAGGUUUCCACCUCAAAGCCCUCUCAGAGGAGACAUUUUCCUCAAAGGUCGUAUUACAGAAAUCCGAACAAGUUUGGCAACCAAUACAUCUACUUCAAGCAGAACAAGGAGAAGUGUAGACUUCUGACAGACCUUGACCUUGAAAGAACUCCACUGAAGGCUAAUAUUGCUGAUAACCAUCAUAUGAGCGUCAACUCGUAUAAGAAGAAGCGGAUUACUAUUUCAGAGAAGGUACAGACUCGGUCUACCCAUGCUUAAGUAUUUAUUCAAUUUAAUAAUGCC